AUGGUCGGUAAAGCAGAACAGGCCGCUGCCAUUCAUUAUCUCCAAUUCGAAAUCCAAUGGUCCAGUUUGGCCCUCCUCUUCUUUGACUACGCUUUAACCUUCCCGAUGGAAGUCAAAUACAUCUGGGGAUCCAAAUUCCGCCUAUCAACCGUUCUCUACAUCUGGUGCCGAUAUGCGUUAGUUGCGAACGUACUCUAUCUUCUCGCUAUUGGGAAUCGGCUUGGUAAUAAGUUAGUAGUCUCCUUGAGCUUGCGCUGUGACGCUUGGUAUAAGUUCGUCGGGGCACUCAGCGUCCUCGGUCGUGCUGCUGUCAUCGUCGCAUUCUCUGCUAGAACCUAUGCAAUAUACAACCGAAACCGAUGGAUCCUAAUCUACUUCUCAUUACUAGGACUAGCUUGCAUCAUUCUUGACGUCCUACAUGUACCCGAUCUCGCCUGCAUCGCAAAACCGGAACCUAUCCGUCUCGGGAACGCAGCGAGUGGAAUCUUAGCCGCGUUGAUGGUCAUUUUUGAAUAUUCGUCUGCUAUUUUGACGAUAAUCCGAUCUGUCCAAGCGUUUCGAGCGGGCGGCCCGUGGAGUAACCAUAAAGGAGGAUUUUUGUAUCUCAUAUUUGAACAAGGUGUCUUUUAUUUUAGUGUCGUAUCAUUGACCACAACAUGCACAUUAGUUCUCAACUUUAUUCCCGCUGCGUCUUUACAACGUACACAGACAGGUGUUUACGCUCAACGCGUCUUAAACGCCUUCACUCUACCGCUCUCGUGCCUGCUAACCGCACGUUUCCUCCUCUACCUCCGACAUUGGGAAUUCAAACACUCCCACAACAUUAACACCAACAACAACAACACUCAUCACGUAGACCACCAUCAAACCCACACUACAUCCUUCCGGGCCGCACCGGCACCGGGGGUACUAUCGACGAUUAUAGAUCUGGAUGAUUUUGGUUUGGAUCCGAGGGUUACGCUUAUGGGAAACUCGAACUUGGAGGACUCCAAUACGGAUUUGAACUCGGAUUCAAACUCGGGUACGAAUACUGAUAUGGACUAUCAAAUGUCCCCGAUAUCAUCAAUAAAGAAAGAAUCUCGAGCUUAG